AUGAUGUCUUCAAGAGUAGUGGCUAAACUAAGUUUGAAAUGCUAUUCGACUUCGGCUUUAUCUCAACUAAAGAAACAAUCGCUUAUCAAAACCCAAGGCUACUUAAAUGGUAAAUGGGUAAACAGUAAUGCUAAUACUACAUUUGAAGUUUUCGAUCCAGCAUUUGAUAACGAGAGCUCUAAGCUAGCUGAUGUUUCAUCCUUUUCGGAGAAGGACUUUAAUCAAGCAAUUGAUGCUGCGUACUCGGCUUUUUCAACAUUCAAGAAGACAACUGGCCGCCAAAGAUCAGAAUUGCUAUUAGAUCUAUAUAACUUGAUGAUGGAAAAUCAAGAAGAUUUAGCGAAGCUUAUAGUUAUUGAGAACGGAAAGCCUUUGGCAGAUGCCCUUGGUGAAGUUAAAUAUGCUGCAUCUUUUUUUCAGUGGUUCUCGGAAGAGGCUCCCAGAAUAAACGGAUCCAUUGUUCCUUCUGCUACAGCUACUAAUCGAAUCUUUACAUUGAAGCAACCUAUUGGUGUGUGCGGUAUCAUGACCCCUUGGAACUUCCCUGCAGCCAUGAUUACUCGUAAACUUGCCGCAGCUUUAGCAGCUGGCUGCACAUCGGUGAUUAAGCCUGCCACUGAGACCCCUUUGUCUGCUUUGGCGUUAGCGCAUCUAGCGGAUAAAGUCGGUAUACCUCCAGGAGUAGUCAAUGUACUUCCCGCACAAGAUUCUUCUAAAAUCGGAAAGUUAAUUUGUGAGCAUCCAAAAGUCCUGAAGGUCUCUUUCACCGGAUCUACUGCCGUGGGAAAGAUAUUAAUGAAGCAGUCAUCGUCAACUUUAAAAAAAUUGUCAAUGGAGUUGGGAGGUAAUGCACCUUUCAUUGUAUUUGAUGAUGUUGAUAUUGACUCUGCGGCGGAUGGUGUGAUUGCAUCAAAGUUUAGGAGCAGUGGGCAAACUUGUAUUUGCGCUAACAGGAUAUUUGUGCAUGAGUCAAUUUACGAUGAAUUCUCCAGCAAACUAGUUUCAAAGUUAGAGAAGACAGUAAAACUUGGAAAUGGUUUAGUCGACGGAACUACCCAUGGUCCUCUCAUUCAUCAAAAAUCAAUGAGUAAAGUAAGAUCACAUGUAGAAGACGCAAUAUCUAAGGGAGCAAAACUCUUAUUUGGUGGCGCUAAACGUCCUGAUCUUGGUAAGAAUUUCCAUGAAUUGACGGUUUUGGGUGAUGUGACCAGUGAUAUGCUUAUUGCACAGGAGGAAACGUUUGGACCAUUAUCUCCUUUGAUUAAAUUCAAGAGUGACGAAGAAGUGAUAAAGCUUGCCAAUGACACUGAUGUUGGAUUAGCUGGCUACUUCUAUUCGAGCAACGUCCAGAGGAUUUUUAAAGUUGCAGAAGAAUUGCAAGUAGGAAUGGUAGGUGUUAACACUGGUGCAAUUUCGGAGGCUGCAAUGCCUUUUGGAGGGGUACAGCAAUCUGGAUUUGGACGCGAAGGGUCUAUUUAUGGAGUCGACGAGUACUUGAUCAAGAAAAGUGUUGUCGUUGGGGGCAUUGAUAAUUAA